AUGAAAAUAACAUAUGUACCAACUUCAUACGAAACAAAACUCUUUGAUAAGUUUGGGUAUACAUAUGAAAAAGUUAUUUUUGAUUUUUGGCAAAGUAAGCGAUUGUAUCUAUUUAAACAAAUUGAAAAAUGCAAAACAAUUGUUGAAAUAAAAGGCCAAUUGUGCGGGGAUUCUCCUGAUCCAAAUUACAUAAAAAUUCCACAGAAUGUCACGAAAAUAAAUAACUUGGGAAAUGUUAUUGAAAUUGGAGACUCUAUUUUUGGUGAUAAUUUGAUUUCAGUGACAAUGCCAACUACUCUCACUCAAAUUGGCGAACACAUUUUUGAGAGAUGCAAAUCACUCAAAAAUGUUGAUUAUUGUGGCAAGACUGUAUUAACCAAUUUGGUUAGUAUAGACAAAAUGACUCUUUUAAAACAUUUGAAAAUGACUUGCACGUACGUUGAAGUGCCUUUAGACAAACUUGAAUUGUUUCAAAACAUUCCAAAUGUGCUAUUAAAAGUGAAAUCUCCAAAUAAAAUAUUGCAUUUACAUACAAUUUGUUUGCCAGUAAACGUGUGUGCACUUGAAUAUACGUUUCAAUAUCAAUUAACAUUGAAAGAAAUUACUUUGCCACAAUCUCUCACUUCAAUUGAUUAUUACUGUUUUAGUGGAUGCAUUUCCCUUGAAAACGUGAAGCUCUCAGAUUAUCUAAAAAUCAUAGGUGUACACGCAUUUUCAGCGUGUGGGUUGACAAAUAUAGACAUCCCAAACAAUGUGACUUCGGUUGGAGAUUAUGCUUUUGCCAACUGUUUAAAACUAAAAAGUGUAAUUUUUCCAGAAAGUGUAUUAGAAGGUCGAGAUGUGUUUUUUAAUUGUCGGACAUUGUCGUCAGUUCAAGUCAUUAAAACUGGUCGAGUUAACAUAAAUUGGAAAUGUACGUUUUCAAACUGUUGUCUUCCGAAAGAGUUUGAAAUGCCAAAUUGCGUGACUUCAAUUGGGAAUAAAGCAUUUGAACAAUGUUCUUUAUUAUCAAAAAUAAUACUAGGAAAUUGUGUUGAAUAUUUCAAAGAUUUGUGUUUUGCAAAUUGUGUUAAUUUGGAAGAAUUUCUUUGCCAAAAACAGUGA